GUGAGAAACAUGCAAAAUGCCAUUAUUAUAACGUUGAAUUCUACACGUUCAUGUUGUAGGUUGUCAGUAUUCUCGGAGGAAUCCGUUCCAUACUUCGGUCCGACAAUACCCACUUCUCGAGAAUUCACGGAUCAUGAAGAAUUACGUCAUUUCCUGCUUGUAAAAUUAAUAAAUGGAGAAAAGGCAGCUUUCCACUCGCCCGUAUUCGCACAGAAACGGAUACGCACAUCGGAGAUGCUAUUAAACAAUAUCUUAGAGAAGUACGCCGCUGAAAAUAAUGCAAAUGGUCCCUACCGAAGGGCUUUCAGUGAAAUAGUUCAAGACGCAACAGAAAGUUCUCCAUCGUCAAAAAAUCAAAAUCGAAAUGACGCCUUCAUCCGAUUUGGUCAAGUAAUCUCAUUUUUUUAUUUCAUAAAUAUAAUGGCAUACAUAUUCCUGUAUUAUAUAUAUCAUUCUUGCCUAGAUGUUGAAGCUGAACACAAUUAUACGCGGCGAUGCUCCAACGAGCUGCAUCACAACCGGAAUAUCCAAGCAAAUCGUAGUGAUGCGGCAGUUAAAUGUCACAACCCAGGACCUUUUGACCCAUGGCAACCCAGGCGACUUCACAUGAAAAUGCAUGGUGAUAUUAUCAGUGGCGACACAUGGGGCAAAGUUCUUUUGGCUUGUGUCGAUGGUGGCAUCUAUGCUCUGGAAGAGCAUCAACAACCCCUCUUACUUAUUGACAAGAGUGUAGAUGUGAAACAGAUCAAGGUGGCGGAAUCCUUUGGAGUUAUGAUCCUUCGCUACGAUAAAGGUCGAGAAUCACGUAUUUCCGUGCUACAAUUGAGUGAUCUCCCUUUGACAGAAGUGAUAGAUCGUGCAUUAGUGAAAAAACAUACUCUCGAUAGAUCAAAAGGUUGCCAUAUUUUCUCUACUAGUACUUCCUCAACACGUCCUCUGAGACUGGUGUUCGCGGUUGGAAAGCGACUACUGAUCUAUCAAUGGCAGGUGGAGAUCACCGGUCGUUCUCUUUCAUCAUGGAAUCAGUUCACGUACUCUGAACUAACUGCUCGUUUUGUCUAUGUUCGUGAAGUACCUACAAGUGAACCGGUUCAAGUUUUAAGCAUUCUCGAUAGUAACAUGGGUGGACGUAUAUGUGCGGGUUACAGGAAUCAAUUCGACUUGUUGGACGAGAGGACUGGGGAGACGCUACAUCUUUACCGAACGGAAAAUGUCAAGAGUCAGGCCGUGGCAGUAGUGGAGAUACGAUCGGAUGAUGAUUUAGAGCUUCUGCUUUGCUUUAAUCGAAAACUUAUUUCCUUCUACUAUCUAGGAAACUGUUAUCUCCAACGGAUCACAAAGCGAACCAUGGAAUUCCAUAAUCACUCUGAUAUUUUCAACAUUUGCUCGUCACUUGAAGGAUUGGAACACCAAUUUUCGGAUGGUUUCAACUCACCAGGCUCAACCACCAAAUCGCCUCUCAUGAGCAGUCGAGUUCAAACUGCCGCCACAACAGACUACAAUUUCUCUUGGAAUUUCGAACCGAGGCAGAUAGUCCUGGCACCACCAUACAUACUAGCAUUUACAGAAAGUGCGAUUGAGUUUCGUCUUCUUAUUAAUGGUAGUCUUGUUCACACUAUGACUGUUCCUAAUUGUCUUCUCCUUUCUUAUAAGUAUGAUAUCUAUUUCGCAUCGAGCUCAGAAGCAUUGCAUCAGAGUGUUCCCUCGGAGGGGUUAUGUCAACCCACAAGAGGGCUUCCUAUUCAAGGUGUCGAUUUUCCACAAGCGCAUCAAACUCUACAAACACCUGGACCUUCAAGAAAUGUCAGUCCUAAUCGAAGUAAAAAGCCGAUUUCUGCCACAAGUACUGAAAGUGGCCCAGGGGUAUCAUCACCCCAACAAAGCAACGCGAAUGAACCAGCAGGACAUGUAUCUUCCAUUUGCUUGGCACUGGGGUCUUCGUUUAUAAGUUGUUCUUCCGAGAGUAGUGGAAGUCAGCAUCAUUGUGCAAGAUACAUCUACUGCAUCUCCUUGCAAACCCUCACAGGUCGUCUCUAUGAAAACACUCCCGAUAGAGGCACUUGUGAGUCCCCCAAUCCUAUUCGAGUUCUGGAGAAGAUACGUGAUAUUCGAGAGGCCCCAGAAACACUUCAAUUCCUCCCUUUUUCCCCUUCUUGA